AGUGAACUGUGAAGUGACUGGUUGUUAAUUAAGACGAAGUGUGUACGAGUACGAAAUAUACGGAUACGGGAAAUAGUGGAUAUUCUAAUCGGUUCAUAAAAUUUAAAGGAAAUUCAUAAAAAAAUAAAAAUUCUGCAAGAAAUUAAAUAAGAAUAAAUCUAUCAAAAAAAUAAUUAUUAAUAAAUAAAUUUCAACUCGGGUUAAUUUUUACGAAGGCAUAAUUCUGAAAAGUAGAUAUUGAAAACCGUAAUAGGAAAAAUUCAAAAUGGUGGACAAAAUUGAUAUGAGUUUAGAUGAAAUUAUAAAAUCAAAUCGGCAACAAAAAAGAGGCGGAAAAGGUGGUGCUAUACGCACUCAAAGAAGAAGAGGAGCUGGAGCUGGUGGACGUGGUGGUGGCUUACGUGGCCGCCGUUCCGGAAUCAUUGCUGGUGGAAUUAUAAAAGGAAGAAAUCGUGGGGGAGCGCAGAAUGCAAAAUAUACGAGGGGUGAUGUAAACAGCGCUUGGAAACAUGAUUUAUAUGAUGGACCAAAAAGAGGAUUGAAAACGGCUAGUAGCAUUGGAUCAUCGAAAUUACUUGUAUCAAAUUUGGAUUUUGGAGUCUCAGACACAGAUAUUCAUGAACUAUUUGCGGAUUUUGGCCCAUUGAAAAGUGCAGCAGUACAUUAUGAUAGAUCUGGAAGAUCUUUAGGAACGGCGGAUGUAGUUUUUGAAAGAAGAAGUGAUGCAGCUAAAGCAAUGAAGCAGUAUAAUGGGGUACCAUUAGAUGGUCGGCCAAUGAAUAUACAGUUCGCAACCUCUGAAGUACCUCCAGUAAGAGCAAAUAGAAUACCACAAAGAAGCCCAAAUAAAUUAAGACGUCCAAUUCCAGGAAAAAUACGAAGAGGUGGUGGAAUUGUUCGUGGCAGAAGAAUCGGCCGAGGAGGUGGUGGUCGAAAUGUCAGAGCGGGCCCACAGCCAACCGCUGAAGAACUUGAUGCUGAAUUAGAUGCUUAUGUUAAUGACAUGAAAUAAGUUGAAUCAAUAAAUGUAUUUAUACAUGUAGUUUUAAGACUAUCCGCACCUAACUGUUAAAAGAAUGAAAAACAUUUGUUUAUUAAUGUUUAAAAAUAUUGACAGAAAUUUACUUUAAUAGAAAAAGUGUUUAUUAUACAUAAUAAACACAUACGGUAUAAUAUUUUCAUUAAAUACAAAAUAAGUAUGUAUAUGUAUAAGAAUCUAAUAACAAAAAAUUAAAUGGACUGUUUUUUUUAAUUCAAGAAAUAAAUUUGAUUUUGUCAUAAAAGUAAUCUAUAAUUUUGAAAAAUUUAUA